AUGUUGCACUCUCAGCUUCUACUGUGGCCUCUAGCAAGCGUUUCUCGAUCGUGUCUGGCAACUAGACUAUCAGCCAUCGAACAGGCAAUCACUGAACUCCGCCCUCUCCUCUCCACCAGCGCAGUUAUCAGCCUUCCAAACACCACCCAAUUUACUAAACUCCAGAUACGCGCAUCUUCACCCCGUAUAUCGCCAUCCUACAGCGCCAUAAUUGAAGUGGCAACCGAAGGAGACGUCAAAGUCGUUGUCAAAGUCGCCAAUCGCCAUGUUAUACCAUUCCUUGCCAUCUCAGGUGCACAUGGCUGGACACGCACACUAAACAGUUUGGAAGACGGUAUUCAGAUCAACCUGCGACAGCUCAAUACAACAGUGCUUUCCAACGACGGUAAGACGGCGAGUGUUGGUGGUGGGACGCUGCAGUACGAGAUAACAAGGGCAUUGUUUGAGGAGGGUAAAUACGCUGUUACUGGACUCUGUGAAUGCGUGUCCGUCGCAGGCCCUCUUCUGGGUGGCGGGCACUCCCUGUUGCAGAACCAACACGGUUACGCGCUCGACAACCUUGUCUCUGCACGUGUGGUUAUCGCCUCUGGCGAACUUGUCGAAGUUUCGAACGAGAAGAAUGCCGACUUGUUUUGGGCAUUGCGAGGUGCUGGACAUAACUUUGGGAUUGUGACAAGUUUGGUACUAAAGACGUACGAUAUUCCGUCGAACUGGACUGUACACAUGUUUGUGUAUACUACUGAUAAGCUUGAAGCAUUGUUUGAUCUGAUCAAUGGCUUUGAAACUCCAGGGACACAGAGGUCAACAAAGCUAGCCUUGACCGGUGUCUUCGUCAAGUUACCAGAUGUGGAUCCUGUCAACCCUGUCAUUCUUUACAACGUCAUGUAUGAAGGCUCUGCGAUUAAGGCUGAGCCGUACGCGGCGCCAUUCAAGGCUCUUGGCCCGACAUCGACUACAGUCAACAACGUCAACUACAUUGACAUUUACAAGAUCACAUCCAACGACCUAAGCAGCACGCCUUGCGUUCGAAAUAGGAACAUGCUUGGAGUGGGUACAUCGCUGCCUAGCUGGGACCUUGAAGGCGUUCGUAACGCGUUCAAUAUCUUCAGGAACCUGACGGAAGAUCCUCGUUUUAGUUCUUCAAUCACCCUGCUCGAGAACUACGGCAUGGUGGGUGUUCGGGCAGUCGAUCCUGAUAUGACUGCAUUAGCACCUCAAGAACGUGAGUAUCCCAUUCUUGCAAGCCCAGUGCUAUGGUGGGACGGUGAUGUAGAAAAAGACGCAAGUGAUGCAUAUGCGUACACAGUUGCGAUCAAGAAUGCACUGUACAGUGGCAUUGAUUCGAGUUCGGAGCACAAACGUCACUGCUAUGUCAACUAUGCGAAUGGCGAGGAGCCACAGCCGGAGUUGUACGGGUACGAGCACUGGAGAUUGGCGAGGCUGCGGAAAUUGAAACGUGUCUGGGAUCCGAAGAACCGAUUUAGUCUUUACAAUCCUAUCGUGCUCUGA